AUGCCUGUCUUCAGCUCUAACACCGACAUGGAGAUCCCCGGCAUGGACGCCGAAGCCUGCGCAUCAUCUGCCGAUCAUCUCUCUUCUGUCAAGAAGUUCGGUCGCAAGUGGUAUGCGGCUGGGUUUGAGGCUGGUCUCGCCCAGGCUACGAACGAAGCUGAAGUUCGCCCUACAGUCGCUCCGACCCGUAAGUCAGAGGAUUCACCGGACCUCAUCGCCUCGCUCGUCGCUCGCAACGAGGAAUUGGAGAAGGAACUCAAAGGAAAGGACAAAGGAAUCGUAAGCUUCAAGAAGGCCGCGAUUGAUGUACGAGAUUACCUUGUAUCCGCCCAUAAUGACAUGGUUUCAAUCAUCGAACGGUCGUCGGGGGUUGUUCCCGACUGGCUGGAAAAAGAUCUUUACAACCUAGCCUUGGACCUUGACACUGGCAAGAUUCAAUGCGCUGAGAGUAUCAUCAAAUCUUGGAAAGAGUACCUGAAGCCAGUCAGCGAGUCCCAUGGAUCCAGCGGCAGCAGCAAGCUCAGCAAGGACAACUAA